AUGUAAAUGACCAGAUAAGUGACGAACUUGCACAUACCGUACGCCUGUGACAACCUGUCAGAUGGACUCGGACUGAACUACAAGCGUGCUGAAAAACACUGCUAAUAAUGGACAACAGGAAUGCAAAAAACAAUGGCAACAACCAGGUUGCCCCCCCACUGCGGUUGCUAAUUGUGGGGCAGAAGCGGACAGGAAAGAGUUCAGUGGGCAACACAAUCCUGGGUAGGGAUGCUUUUAAUACAUGGGGUGGAGCAGACAGUGCUGUAGCACAUGGAGAAUCUGAGGGCCGACAGCUGAUGAUCGUGGAUGCUUGUGGAUGGGGCACAAAUGAGAACCUGGUGCCUAAACAGGAGAAACUGGAGUUAUUUAGCGCCCUGUUGCUGUGCGAGCCCGGACCCCACAUUCUGCUCCUGGUCAUACCCUUACUGUACUUUAGCCACUCUGAGAAAGCGGCCCUACAGAAACGCAUGGAGAUCCUCACGGAGGGCGUGUGGCGCCACACCAUGGUCGUGUUCACCCUCGGGGACCGUCUGCACGACUACAGCAUACAGGAUCACAUCCAGACAGCUGGGAAGGACCUCCAGUGGCUAAUGGAGAAGUGCAGGUAUAGGUACCACGUUCUCAACAACAAGAUGCCCCAGGACAGACAGCAGGUCUCUGGGUUACUAGACCGUGCAGAAGACAUGCUGAUGGAGAACGGGGGAUGGCACUUCUCUCUUCACAUGUACUGCAGGCUGGAGGAGGAAUGGAGCCGGAGAGAGAGGGAAUUGAAAGAGAAGAUACUAGAGAGACAAGCUGGAGUGGGGAAAACCAGUCAAGGACUGGCUGUGGUUCCGAAUCACUGUCAGACAGGUGGUCUGCAUGUGAACGAUACUCUAGUGAAAUUAGUUAACCAUGGCUAACUGCUACACAUCAUUGUUCUGGCAUGAACUCAAAGUAAACUUGAACUGUAAAUAUGUUUCAUCAACAAAGAUUUAAAGUUAAAAUAUUUGAAUGUAUGCCCUUCUGCAUGCGCUCACCAUUUCUCUUCAUGUAGUUCUCAUUUCAGUGUAAAUGUGACCAUUUUAACAACAUCACCUUUUUGAUUUCC